CGGAGGGAGUACGGACGCGCUGGGUGCGGGGAGGCCGGUGGUAGCGAACUGGUGCUACAAUCACUGUUUGUGGACAUCAGCAAGCGAAACGAACGGUUCACAGACUCCGCAGACAUACCAGGGCAAGGACACCGGACAGAUAGGCUCGUGUGCGAAGGUAGCAAGGCGAACCAGGGCGCGAGUUUCAAGCCGAGUAUGGGGGAGUGGGCUGAUGAACGCACCGGCCGUGGCGAAACGUGGGGGGCGACGAGGCGGACAGCCGCAGCGAAAGGGUUGUCGAGCACGCAAAAGGACAUCGCGCGCUCCGAGCGUGAAAGGACGAGCGGGAACGCGGAGCAGGGUAGCGAAGGGGACGCGGUACUACUGGGCGUCGACGCACGACAGGACAAGGAGCGCCCAUGCGGAGCGAGAGGGAACGUCCCCAGAGCUUCGAGCGGAGUAAGGGGAAUCACGACAAGGAGGACGGACAGCUACGAGCCCGAGUCUGCGAGUCAAGACGUACCUGAGGAUGCCUGGCUGCUGGGUGACUUUGGCGAGUUCGACGCCGAUACACCCGAGGAUGACCUCGUCGCAUGCUGGCACAUUGCGGAGGAUCGGCGGCGGCUAUGGGGAUACCUUCCGCGAACCGAAGCCGAGGCCGCUCUGCGCGAAGUUGAGCAGGCAGAUGAAUGGACCCGCGAGGACGACACACUGGCACGCACCGUUGACAAGGACAGCGAGCGGAACACAUGGCUAGCGCAGUUCCUGGUACACGAGCGCGUACGACUCGGGGUGGAGGUCCCGGAUAGCCCAAGGCACCUGUAG